AUGAUGGAGGCUGUUAAAUCAAGUUUUCAAGAAGCAUCCACGAAUCUCGGUCGUGUCGGGUUGCGCUUGACUAAAAAAAAACGAAUAGAUGUAUUCCGCUCAUCGGCCUUCUGUCACCAUCCGCUUUCUUUCUUGUGCUCACACCUUUCUGAUCUGAUGAUGCUCUCCCUGAUGGCUUUGCUUGACCGUAAACGAACAUCGGACUUGAAGCUGUUGAGACACUUCGACUACCCUUCAGAUCUGUCAAGACUGAUCUUCGAACAUGAUUUACUGCAAGGUUUCAAAGAAUGUGGAGAAGAAAAUCUAAGCCCUCUGAAGGAGGUCCGAUUCGAUGUUCCUGUAGAAUAUGUGGAGAUGUGGUGGUCGUCGUAUAAUGAACUUCAGUAUGUUACACGAUACCCGUUCGCUGCAGAAUUGGUUGUGAAUGAAUGUGUAUAG